AUGGCGCGCAACCUCUUCUCCGUCCCCAUCUUCUUCAUCGUCUUCCGAGAGACACUCGAGGCGGCCAUCAUCGUCGCCGUCCUCCUCGGUCUCGUCGAGCAGAUCGUGCACGACGACUCCGGCUCCUUGGCCGGCUCCACGCCCCGAAGCUCAAUGGAGGACAGCGUCGACGAACUUGACCAAGCUCACCUCGCUGAAGCCGACGCGCACAUCAACCGCAGGAGACUGAUCCGCAAACUCCGUAUCCAGAUUUUCUCGGGUGCAGCGCUGGGUUUGCUCCUUGCCCUUGCGAUCGGUGCAGCCUUCAUCGCCGUCUGGUUCACUCAGGCCUCCAACCUGUGGCAGAAGAGCGAAGAACUUUGGGAAGGUAUCUUCUCCCUGAUAGCGUCGUUGAUGAUCUUCGUGAUGGGCAUCACCAUGCUCAAGAUGGACCGUGCCAAGGCGAAGUGGCGCGUCAAGCUUCAGCGCGCGUUUGAGAAAAACACUCAUGUCACUGGCGAUGCUAAAGCUGGAAAAUGGGUCCUCUUCAUCCUUCCCUUCAUCACCGUGCUCCGUGAGGGCAUGGAGGCCGUCGUAUUCGUCGGCGGUGUCUCGCUCGGCCAGUCCGCGACCUCUAUCCCAAUCGCCGCCAUCGUUGGCCUCAUCUGCGGUCUCGUCUGCGGCGUGCUCAUCUACUUCUUCGCGUCCCGCUCCGCCCUCCGGGUCUUCCUCGUCGUCAUGACCAACUUCAUCCUCCUCAUCGGCGCCGGUCUGUUCUCUAAGGCCGUCUGGGAUUUCGAGGAAAACGCAUUCAACAACCUUCUCGGCCAGGACGUUGACGACGCGGGAGGAGACGGUCCCGGCUCGUUCGACGUGCGCAACUCCGUCUGGCAUCUUGACUGCUGCAACCCCGAGAACAACCUCGAUGGCGAAGGCUGGCUCAUCUUCGGCGCCAUCUUCGGCUGGACCAACUCCGCCACCGUCGGCAGCGUGCUGUCGUACAUAUUCUAUUGGCUCGCGGCAAUCGCCGUGCUGAUCUUCAUGAAGUUCAGAGAGGGUCGCACGAAGGUGCUCGGUUAUGAGAGCGCCGCAGGCAAGAGGAGGCGGGUGGAUGCGGACACGCCUGCCUUGCCGCACUAAAAAUGAUGCGAAACGUUCGCGGUCAUGAUUCAUAGGAUAUUGCUCUGUUUCUCGUACGACUUGGUGGAUACGACGGGUUUUCUUCAUAUGCACGACGAUGUAUGACGAUUCUGCGAGGAUUUGAUGGAUACUUCAAGGUCUCUCUGUGAUUCCUGCUCCUUCUCGGACCUCCCCCGCCGUUUGCUCGUCGGAUACUCCAACGAGUCCAAACGGAAAGGCACCGGCGCUCCGUGUGAUACAUUCAGCCUCGGAACCUCCGCAGAAGUCGCCCAGUUUUUCUUGCCGAAAACGAAGUUUCAAAGGCUUGACGUGUUCGUCGGGAGAGUCCUGGAGAACCUCUGUCGCCGGUGAGAAAAGGGACUCGGACAUGCGUGGUCAGGUAUCUAGAAGUGGCGCGUAAGUAUAAACAUCUGUUCGCCUGACGCUACGGAAUGCUAUACUUGCUUUCGG